AUGGCGAACGCAAAACUAGAGAUCUCAUUCAUCGGCCUGGGGGCCAUGGGCUUUGGCAUGGCGACCAACUUGGUCAAGCAGGGGUAUAAGGUGACAGGGUUUGACGUCUGGCAGCCGACGUUAGAUAGGUUCCAGGCUGCUGGAGGCAGUACCGCUACGACGCCGGCGGAGGCUGUUAAGGGCAAGGACUACUGCGUGUGCAUGGUAGCGACGGCGCAGCAGGCUCAGGCCGUACUCAUUGAAGGUGACGAUGCGGCACUCGCCUCGUUUCCUAAAGGAGCCGCUCUGCUACUCUGUUCGACGGUGCCGUGCGCAUACGUCCAGGCUCUAGAGAAGCAACUUGUCGAAUUAGGACGGGGUGAUAUUCGUCUAAUCGACGCUCCCGUCUCGGGAGGUGCUGCAAGGGCAGCUGACGGUACUCUUUCAAUUAUGGCUGGAGGCUCAGAUGAGGCAAUCGAUACUGGCCGCUUUCUGUUACAGGAGAUGUCCGACCCGAAGAAGCUCUACAUCGUCCAGGGCGGAGUCGGCGCCGGAAGUAAUAUGAAGAUGUGCCACCAGGUCCUUGCGGCUAAUCAAAUCCUUGCCGCAAGUGAAGGAUUGGGGUUUGCGAGUCACCUCGGUCUGGAUCUCCACUCCACGAGCCAGGAGAUAAUCAAGUCGGAUGCCUGGGCGUGGAUGUUUGAGAACAGACUGCCGAGGAUGCUCGAUCCCGAGUUCAAGCCCGUUGCUAGCGCUCUGACCAUCAUCCUGAAGGAUACGGGUAUUAUUACUUCAGAGGCGAGACGGGCUGCAUUUCCUACCCCUAUGACAAGCACAGCAGAACAAGUCUAUUUCUCUGGCCUUGGCCGCGGAUACGGCCCAGACGAUGACAGCAGUAUAAUCAGACUAUACACAGAAGGCAAGGGGAAGAUUGGACUGGUAAAGGGGCUAGCCGAAAACGACGAGUCGAAGUUAGCCCUCGUCAAGGCGCUAUUCAGAGGAAUUUAUCUUUGCUCUGCAGCGGAGACCAUUGCCUUCGCAAAGAGAUGUAAUCUAGAUCUAGACCAAGUCUUCGAGCUCUGCAUAAACGCAGCCGGAGGAAGCGCGAUAUUACAGACGGUUGGACCGGACAUCAUCAAGCUUUCUCGAGGAGAACAGGUAUCGGUUGGGGAUAGCCAAGGACUAAAGGAGCAUGCGCAGCAGCUUCAAGAGGCUGUUGAGGAGGCACAGCGGCUAAAGGUACCGGUGUAUCUUGGUAGUCAGGCGCUUACCCUGACGCGGUUCGCAUUGCACUUUUCCUCUGAAGCAGCUUCAGAUGUCUCAAGAGCUACUGUUGCGAGAGUAUGGGGUUUAUAA